AAAGCCAAGAAGAAGACAGAGGAACCUGGUAGUUUCUAGAAAUAUAUGUUUCCGGCCGACGGUAUUUUGCCUUCGGACUUGUCGAAACCUUCGCGCUUAAACAACAUAAAUUUUUGGACAGCAUUGGCUUUGUCCCAUAAACUAUAAUGGCGCUCCCUGGACCUAAUAAGGACAACAUCAGAGCUGGGUGUAAGAAAUGUGGAUAUCCGGGCCAUUUAACAUUCGAGUGUCGAAAUUUCGUCCGAGUCGACCCCCAGAAGGACAUUGUUCUGGAUGUAAGCAGCACCAGCAGCGAGGAGAGUGAAGACGACGUGCCUGCUUCUCAGCACAGUGAGAAAUUGGGUCGAAGUGUGCUGCGCCAAAAAGAUUCUCAUGAUGAAGAUGACAGAAAAAAGAGACGUAAACGAAAGAAGAGCAAAGACAGAAAAUCAAGAAAAAGAUCUGCAUCAUCCAGUGACGACGAACCAAAAAAGAGAAAGAAACACAGCAGAUCCAGCUCCUCGUCAGACGAGGAAGACAGGAGAAAGAAAAAGAAACAAAGUCACAAGAAGAAAAGCAAAAAACCCAAAAAGGAGCAUGGGAAACAUCACAAAAAGAAAGAGAGAAAAAGAAAACACAAGUCAUCAUCCUCUUCUUCAUCAGCUAGUGAAUCAUCAGAAAGUGACUGAACCGCCAAUCCGUAGCCUCAGGAUGUCUGACGUUAAUGAAGCAGAUCAUGUAUAUUGUGUCUUAUGACUUUGAUGUAAAUAGUUUGAAUCCCCUUUUUUUUUUUUUUUACAACGUGUGUCCAUACACUGCUGCGUCUUUAGAUGAUGACAUUAUGACGCUGUUAUCUGUUGGCGCUCUGCAUUCUCAAUAGCUGGUACAAGGCACACUACAUGCUGUGUUAACGUUUUGCCUUCCUUUCGUCAUUUGCUGUAUUUAUGCACAAUAAUUUGAAUUUCAUCAGAUGUACUCCAUCAUAUGUGCAUUGGUUUUACAUGUCAUAAAGGAAGAGAUUGUAACAUUGUAUUACUACACAUAAUUCAGGUUAAUGGCUGUGCAGAUUUUUGUUUAAUCUCCUUUUAUGUUUUUCAUUCUGUAUUAAAAGGUCAAAUGUAAA